AUGUUGACGCGACUCUUCAGCGAGCCCAGCCUGAUCCCAGAAGUUCAGAAAUUCUCCAGCUGGGCAGACGACUGCGACGACGAGGACGACGACGACGACGAGGCCAGCGAUAAAGAUGAGCGGAAGGGCAAGAGCUGCCCUCUCCAGGACGAGCAGACCGACGGGGAGGCCAAAGACGACCACGACUUAGGGGGCGAGGAGGAGGAGGAGGAGGAAGAAGAAGAAGGGGUCGAGGAGGCGGAAGGGGAUCGCCCCAAGAAACGGGGCCCCAAAAAGAGGAAGAUGACCAAGGCCCGGCUGGAGCGCUCCAAGUUGAGGCGCCAAAAGGCCAACGCCCGCGAGAGGAACCGCAUGCACGACCUGAACGCCGCCUUGGACAACCUCCGCAAGGUGGUGCCUUGCUACUCCAAGACUCAGAAGCUGUCUAAGAUCGAGACGCUGAGGCUGGCCAAGAACUACAUCUGGGCCCUGUCGGAGAUCUUGCGCUCGGGCAAGAGGCCGGACUUGGUGUCAUACGUGCAGACUUUGUGCAAAGGCUUGUCGCAGCCCACCACCAACUUGGUGGCGGGCUGCCUACAGCUCAACUCGAGGAAUUUCCUGACCGAGCAAGGCCAGGAGGCCGGCAGGUACCACGGGCCCAACUCCACCUUUGCCAUGCACCCUUACACGUACCAGUGCUCGCGGCUCUCCGGCGCGCAGUGCGCUUCCAGCACCAUGGCUAGCUCCCACGCCCUGCGGACGCACGCCUACUGCGCCACCUACGAGUCGCUCUAUGGGAACGCGUCGCCAGACUACAAUAGCUCGGAAUACGAUGGGCCCCUGAGCCCUCCUUUGUGCGUGAACGGGAAUUUCUCCCUCAAGCAAGACUCUUCCCCAGACCACGAGAAAAACUACCACUAUUCUAUGCACUACUCCGCCCUCCCGAGUUCCCGCCCGUCCGGCCACAAUUUGGUGUUCGGGUCUUCUGGGAUGCGCAGCGGCGUCCACUCGGAGAACGUUUUGCCUUAUGAGAUGCACCUCCACCACGACAGAGGUCCCAUGUACGAGGAGCUCAAUGCUUUUUUCCAUAAUUAA